AUGGGCGGCCCAAAUCUCGAAGUCUUCAAGUUCGGCGUCUACGUAUUCUUCCCAGUACUCGUAUACUGGCACUUUGGUGAUCCGGAGUGGUACGAGCGCAAUGUCUCCCCAUACAAAGAGAAAUUGUACCCCGCGGAGAAGCAUAACUUGAAGCAUUUCCCGAAGGAUAAGACGGCCGUACAGGAGACAUUACAAGCAGAAAUUGCAGCGGCAAGAGCGGCGAAGGGGCUUGACCCGGCGACGGCACAACCUUCGACAGAUGCGCCUGCUGCUAGGAAGGGGUGGUUGAGCUAUAUUGGGCUUUGA